UGUAGGCGGGGAUCAGGGAGACAGCAAGCCAGGCGGACCGCUCCAGCAGAGCCUCGGGUACCGUCCUCAAAGGGAACCGGGAGUAAGGACUUCACUAAAGCCGAGGAGGCUGUCACCGGGGAGGCAGACUCCAGCAUGCUUUAAACUACAGUAAAGCGACACGUUUUAUUUAUUCUUACAAGAAUCGGAGUCUGGCUUCAAUGAAUUUAACACUGGUUUAUAGUUAUGACUUGGCUCCUGCCGUGCAUUUUAAUAGCAUCCAGCGUUCAUCAGGUCCUGGCCCAGAAUUGUACGGUAGCCCCGCCCACACCCACCGAGAUGGACCCAUACGAGCGGACGCGGUACUGCAGGUGGCCAUGUGAGUGCCCUGCCAGCCUGCCUGUCUGCCCCCCCGGCGUCAGCCUCAUCACAGACGGCUGCGACUGCUGCAAGGCCUGCGCCAUGCAGGUGGGCGAGACAUGCAACGAGGCCGACACCUGCGACUACCACAAGGGGCUGUAUUGCGACUACAGUGCAGACAAGCCUAGGUACGAAAAGGGAGUGUGUGCAUAUGUGGUGGGGACGGGCUGCGUGCACGAUGGGGUGAUUUACCGCAACGGCCAGAGCUUCCAGCCCAGCUGCAGGUUCCGAUGCCUCUGCAUAAACGGUGCCAUUGGCUGCCUGACACUGUGUGCUGACUUUGAGCCGCCGCGGGUUUGGUGCCAGUCGCCGCGGCAGGUCCGGCUGCCCGGCCGAUGCUGCGAGCAGUGGAUCUGCGACGACGGGCCACAGAAGGUCCGCAAGACCUUCCCCAGGCACACGUUGGAAGCGCGAACGAGCAGCAGCAAAGCCUGGCCACAAAACUGCGUGACGCAGACGACGCCCUGGAGCCCAUGUUCAAAGACGUGCGGCAGGGGGCUGUCGGUACGCGUGACAAGCAGCAAUGACCGCUGUGAGCCCGAACAUGAGACACGCCUCUGCAGCAUCCGUCCCUGCAAAGUGGACAUCAGCCGGCACAUCCAGCCAGGGAAGAAAUGCCUGAACAUUUACAGGGAGAACCAGAGCCAGAAUUUCACCUUGUCGGGAUGCGUCAGCACGAGGCCCUACUGGCCGAAGUACUGCGGCGUCUGCACAGACGACCGCUGCUGCACCCCCUACAAGUCCAAGACCAUCCGAGUGGACUUCCAGUGUCCCAGCGGCGCCGUGUUCUCCAGGAGUGUCAUGUGGAUCAACGCCUGCUUCUGUAACCUCAGCUGCAAGAAUCCCAAUGACAUCUUUGCCGACUUGGUGCGCUAUUAUGAUUAUUCCGAGAUCGUGAACUGAGAAGGUGGGGAGUUUCAGAUAAGCCCACCACCCCAAGUGGACAUUCCCAUUCUUAUAUGGUUUACCUGAUAAGCAGCUUAAGCAGUGAUAUCAUUAAACCAGUUAUUUUCCCUUCUGUAUUAACAUAUUACGCAGUUAUUUAAUCUCAGUACCUUACAGAAUGUUUCUAUGAUUGCAGUAUUUUUUUCAAAAUGAAUGCAUAUAUGCAAAAUCUUAUUUUUUCCCAUUGGAAAAAUAUUUUAUUAUAUUUGUUUAAUAAAAGAGUGUUACUUAUUUGUAAUGCACAUAA